AAAUUUCAAGAGAUGAUUUGAAUACUUUUUGUUCAUGUAAUAGUUUGCUGUGUAAAGCACUUGCCUAAAAAGCAAGUAGAAACACUAAAUAUUCAAUGUAUGAACACAAUUGCCUGUAAAUGGUUUGGUGUAAAAACGAACCAUGAUGCCUACAGUUCAGGGACUGUGAUUAUUGCUACCGUGACUAGCUGGGCAGCACGUUCUCUUGAGCUUGGACAAGCUGGAAUCGGAAUGCGAGAGUUCAGGGUGAUUGUUACUUUUGGGAAUAAUUGAGUCUGUUUUAGUUCGGCUGCACCUGUAGCGCCUCUCUGAGGUGAAACGGAGAGAAGCCAGGGUGGGAGCUGUCUUUAGUGAUGAUUAUGAGCCCAGUAAGCCAUAACCUUACAGGUAAAAAUGUGCAUCAGACCAACAGUCCUCUGAGCUGUUGUUAUGACUCUGGAGCCCAGCAUUGUCUGCAGCAGAGCAGCUGCCUACCACACUGUGAUGCAGGCUGUCAGCAGGCUCUCCAUGGAUAGAAGGUUGGAGUUUAGGUUGUAUUUCUUGAGGAAGUAAUCUUCCUGAAUAUCAGACCGGCGGAGGUCAGUUUUCUCUUCGGUACAGCACAGACUGGCAGAAAUUCGCUGAAGAUGGAAUUGUUAGCAGAUGUCUCUCUACUUCCAGGAGAAGAUCGAAUUACAGAUCAGGAGAUCAUCUACAUGUGUCCAUUCAAUGGAGCUGUUAAAGGGAAAGUGUUGAUUACCAACUACAGACUGUCCUUCAAAAGCUCAGAUGCUGACGUGCCGCUGGCCCUGGACGUUCCUCUGGGUGUCAUAAGUCGAGUGGAGAAGAUGGGUGGAGCUUCGAGCCGCGGAGAAAACUCAUAUGGAUUGGAUAUCACAUGCAAGGACAUGAGGAAUCUGAGAUUCGCUCUGAAGCAGGAAGGCCACAGCAGGAGAGGGAUCUUUGAGAUGCUCUUCAGAUAUGCCUUUCCUGUUUCACAUAGUUUGCCUCUUUUUGCUUAUGUGAAUCAGGAAAAGUACACUGAGAAUGGCUGGCUCGUCUAUAAAGCUAUGGAGGAGUUUAGGCGUCAGGGCUUACCAAACAACAAAUGGCGUAUUACAUUCAUCAAUAAGAGUUAUGAUCUGUGUGACACGUACCCGACCGUCCUUGCAGUCCCUUUCAAAAGUAAAGAAGAUGACCUUAGAAAAGUGGCUGCCUUCCGGUCAAGAGGACGCAUACCGGUUCUGUCAUGGAUCCACCGGGAAAAUCAGGCAGUGAUUGUUCGCUGCAGCCAGCCCCUCGUUGGAAUGUCUGGUAAAAGAAAUAAAGACGACGAGCGGUACCUGGACCUCAUCAGAGAGGGAAACGACACCACAAAAAAACUCACCAUUUACGACGCCCGGCCCAACGUCAACGCGGUCGCAAACAAGGCCACUGGAGGGGGCUAUGAAGGGGACGAGUACCUAAAUGCUGAGCUAGUCUUUCUGGACAUCCAGAAUAUUCACGUUAUGAGGGAGUCCCUUAAGAAACUCAAAGAUAUUGUCUACCCAAAUGUGGAGGAAUCCCACUGGCUGUCCAGUCUAGAGUCCACACACUGGCUAGAACAUAUUAAGCUGGUGUUGUCGGGAGCCAUCCAAGUGGCCGACAAGGUUUCCAGUGGGAAUUCGGUUCUGGUUCAUUGUAGUGACGGAUGGGACCGGACGGCACAGCUUACCUCACUGGCCAUGCUGAUGCUAGACAGCCACUAUCGCACGCUAAGGGGCUUCCAGGUCCUGAUUGAAAAGGAAUGGAUCAGCUUUGGUCACAAAUUUGCAUCGCGGAUUGGCCACGGUGACAAAAACCACGCAGACCAGGACAGAUCGCCAAUAUUUGUUCAGUUCAUUGAUUGUGUAUGGCAGAUGACCAAACAGUUUCCUACAGCCUUUGAGUUCAAUGAGCAUCUCCUGCUCACAAUCUUGGAUCAUCUCUACAGCUGUCGCUUUGGGACUUUCCUCUACAACUGUGAGAGUAUACGAGACCAGCAGGAGCUGCGAUCGAAGACGGUGUCUCUGUGGUCUCUGGUCAACAGCAAGAUGGAUAUUUAUUUGAACCCAUUCUACACCCCAGAGUCUGGACAGGUUCUAUACCCCGUGGCAAGCAUGCGCCACCUAGAGCUGUGGGUGACCUACUACAUCCGUUGGAACCCGCGUAUACGACACCAGCAGCAGAGUCCAGUGGAGCAGCGCUACAAGGAGCUUUUGGCCCUCAGAGAAGAAUACUUAAAGAAACUGGAGCAGCUUCAGUUAUCCGAUUCUUCCUCUCCCUAUCAGCUGGCUAACAGCACCACGCCAAACACCACCUCAUCUACAGCCUCCACACCUUCACAGCAGUACACACACCUACAGACUCCGUUUUAAAGCUCUUCCUUCACAGACGAGAGGCAGAACCUCUUUUGGAUUGCACUGUUCAUGUCCUCUUAUUUGAAGUCUUCUUUCUUUUUGUUCUAACUCACACACACUGCACAGGGAGAGGCUUGGUUUGGUUUUGGAAAAACUAUCUCUUUCAUUUGUACCUAAUAGAAAAGUUGACAAAUUGGUGAAUUAUGCAAUAUCUCUCUGAACAUUUUAAACACAGCAAAGCUUUGAAGAAUUUCAAAGUUGAAGGGCUCCAGAGGACAGGAUGCACACACAGCCACUGCAGGUCGUGUUUUCUAUAGUUUCUUAUUUAAUAUAAACCGUCAUUUAACAUUAUUGAGUUCAUCAGAAGUUUGAAUAAUAUAUUAACUAGGUGAGACUAAGGUUUUUUUUUUUUGGUUUUUUUUUUAAAGAGGACAAGAGAACAGACAAUUUAGGAAAACGACUAUUUGGUACCUUAAGUGUUCUCAGGCCAGUUACCAACAAAGAAAAGUCAAACUCAGCCUGUCCAGAAAAAUCACCUUCACCUCUACACGUUCUCCACCUCAGGCCGCCGAAUGCAGGAUCAGAAAUCACUGCGACGCUAAGACGCCCAAUCACCUGGCAGUUAUUUGCGUCAACUGAUUGAUGUGCUUCAUCUGUAGGGAUGUUUGAGUUUCCAUUCGGUGAGUCAGAUGAGGUUUGUAUGGACGGCUGCCGACGGCUGCACAAGUGAUGAGUUUUGUUUUAGACUGGAGAUGGCUUUAACAGGCUCACUGUAGGACUUGAGGUCGUGAUCGCAGUCAAAUAUGCUUCGGAAAGUUAUUUUUUUUAUUGAAAUUGCAAAAAGAGAAAGUUGUAUGCAGAUUUCUGUAAAAUUAACUGAAUAUAUCUUUUCAAUAAGAGUAACAUUACCAAAAUGUGGAAGAAUUGUGCUGUAAAGACUUCAGGCGCUGCAUCUAUCCCUGCUUUGAUCCUACAGAGAAAUGCAUUAAAGCAGCUUCAUCUGCAAAUGUUUAUUUGAAGACGGAUGAAAACUUGAUUUAUUAUGGAUUUAAACUCAGCUAUUCCUAUGAGGUCGUCACUGUCAGGAAGGUUUUGCGUUUCUUAACCGAUGUUACCGAUGUUGAUCAGAGACGAGCUGCCCUCUGUAAUAACUCUCUCCUCUCUGUAAUAACUGAUAACAUUUCAGUGGAACUCACUACCAUGUUGGAUUAACAGGUGCAGGAAAUUAUGUAUUUACAGUUAAUACCUACAACCAGUAAGCCAACAAAGUAACUAUAAAUGAGUUCAAAUCUGAAACAUGAGUUUCUAAACAACGAAUCAUUUUGACCAGUAGUAUUGUUGAAUAAAAAUGAUGAUAAUAAACCAAGUGAAACCACACUUGGAAUAAUAAACACUACCCCACAA